AAGAAAAAGUAUUGUAUGUUCGGUUAUGAUUAACGUGUGUAACAUGCCUUAAUAAUUAAAUUAAAUAUUGUGUUAAUUUGUAUUUAUUAAUUAUAAAUAAUAAAAUAAUAAAGAACACAAAAUUGGCGACGAAGAUGGGAUCCGUAAGUCAAUAAAAAACGCACAGGUAAUUGGAUCAAUAGAGAUAAAAAAAAUAAAAGUAAACCACAACAUGGCUAAAAUAGGUAAUAUCGAAGAAUACAAAAUUCAAGAUGAUUUUGUAAGUUGGGUCGAACGACUAGAGUUAUUUAUGCAAGUAAACAAAAUAAAAGAAAAUAAAGAAAGUAUUUUGCUUACUUUAAUUGGUAGCGAGGGGUACAAGAUAUUGAAAUCCUUGUGCACACCUACCUUGCCUAAAGAUGUAAGUUAUGACAAAUUAGUAAGUAAUAUGAUAAAUUACUUACAACCAAAAGUUUCGGUAGUUGCCGAAAGGUCAAAAUUUAGAAAUAGCUUACAAUCGAGCAAUGAGUCAAUAACUGAAUUUGUGACUAAAUUGCAAAAGUUAUCUAUGUUGUGCGAUUUUGGAAAUAAUUUGGAAGAAUCUUUAAGAGACCAAAUUGUACACGGAGUAAAAGACAGAACUCUGAAGAAAAGACUGUGCGAAGAAGCGGACCUAACAUAUGAGAAGGGGAAAGAAAUAUGUCAAGCACAUGAAGGUGCAGAAAAAAUUUUGGAGAAUUUUGGGCAAUCCAGCAAUGAAUGCCAAGGAGAAAUUUAUUUUGCUAACAAGAAGUUCACGCGAACAGCUCAAAACCGAAGUGGCAAGAUCACUGUCAACGGAGGAAAUGUUACUUGUACUUGUUGCGGUAAGAAGAAUCAUGUUUUUAAUAAUUGUUAUUUUAAAGACCGUAAUUGUAAUAUUUGUCAUAAAAAAGGACAUUUAAAGAGUGUUUGUUAUUUUAAAGAUAAAACUGACAAAAGUCGACCAAAGUCUUCACAUUAUUCUAAAGUUAAAAGUAAAAAUUAUGGUAAUAAUUAUAUUGGUACAAUGGAUAGAAAAGUUUCUGACAAUGAAGUCAAUGAAUCUAAUAAUUUUUUAGAUAAUGAUAACUUAAAUAUUGAUACAUUAUUUCAAAUUGAACAGAUAGGCUCAAAGAAUGAAAAUUUAUUUAUUAUGGUACAGAUUGAAAAUAAAAUGGUAAAAAUGCAAUUAGAUACAGGAUCGGCUAUUUCAGCAAUUUCUUUUUCUGAAUAUAGAAAUAAUUUUAAAUAUUUACCCUUAGUUGAUACUAAGAUCAAUUUAAAAAGCUAUUCUGGUGAAUAUAUUGUACCAGUUGGAGUAAUCAAGGUGAAGGUUAAAUUUAAUGAGAAAAAUUUCAGUUUACCAUUGUAUAUUAUUGAAAACGGUGGACCGCCUCUUCUAGGAAAUGAAUGGAUUAAAGUUUUAGGUAUUAAAAUAAAUAUUAACCUUGAAAUAAAUAGUAUUACUGAAGAUUUUACAUGUAAUGUAAAAGAAUUAAUAAGUAGUUUUCCAGAAGUUUUUACAGAUAAAUUAGGUACUUAUAAGAAAAAUGAUAAAUCACCUAAAUCUCAAAAUAAAGGUGCUGCUAAAGAAAAAGUAAAACCUAUAAAACCGGCAGUAUUGAAAAAAGAAGGUGAAAAAGUGAAAGCUGAACAAAAAUCUAUAAGUCCUAUUAAUGUUUUACAAAAUGAGCUUUGGAAUAAAGCUAUCAAAGUUAUAGCUGAUAAAUCUGAUUUACCUGAUAAAGAAAGUGGUAUUGCUAAAUUGUUAGCAAACUAUAAAAAACAAGACUCAAUCCCGAGAAAAGAAACUAAACUUAAGAAUUUUAUUUUGAAAGGAUUUUCUCAAUAUAAGGAUACAGAGAGUGAAAUAUUGGAUAGUUUGUAUAAUAAAAUAAAGGAAGCUUUUGAAAGUUUGAGUGGUCAACCUAAAGAUGGUAAUUCUGAAACUAAAAAUUCCAAUAAUAAAGUAGAAAAGAAUUCGCCUAAAACAAAAAACCUCAAAAAAGUUGAAGUUGAGAAUAGUGAUGAAGAUGAUGAGGACGAUGAUAGACAAAGAAGAUGAUAUUGAUGAAGAUGAAGAUGAUAUUGAUGAAGAUGAUAUUGAAGAUGCAACAUUUGCUGAUAGUGAUGAAGAUGUUGAAGGUGAUAAUUUAGGAAGUGAAAAAGAAAGUAAACUAAGAAGAUCAAAAAGAACUAUAAAAAAACCCGUAAAAUUGUUAACUUACAAAUAAUGUAUUUCUUAUUUGUUGUAUUGUUAACUUAUCAAUUUUGUUAACGUAUAAAUAUUGUUAACUUAUUAAAUUUUGUUAAAUUUCAUAAGUAUUGUUAGUUUUAUAAAUAUUGUAUUUUUUUGUUGUACUGUUAAGUUUAUAAGUAUUGAUCUUAAAGGAUAUAUAUUUUUAAUUUUAGUGGAGAAGGAUGUGAUGUUUUAUGUUGGUAACUACUAAUUUAAUGAUACGUUGUAAACUUGUAAUUGUUGAUAAGAAAAAGUAUUGUAUGUUUGGUUAUGAUUAACGUGUGUAACAUGCCUUAAUAAUUAAAUUAAAUAUUGUGUUAAUUUGUAUUUAUUAAUUAUAAAUAAUAAAAUAAUAAAGAACACAAAA